GGUUUUUUAGCUUCAUACAAACAGAGCUUUUGCCUUCAAUUAAAACUUCCUACAAAAAUAUGGCAAUCAGUAUGGGACACAUCCUCCGCGGUAAACAAGGCAUCAGAAGGUCCUCUUCAAGAACUAACAGAGAGAGUGAGGUUCCUAAGGGUCACUUUGCAGUUUAUGUAGGCGAGCGCGAGAAAAAGCGCUUUGUAAUUCCAGUUUCAUACUUGAAAGACAGCUCAUUCCAAGACUUGCUAAGUCAAGCUGAAGAAGAGUUCGGCUUUGAUCAUCCCAUGGGUGGACUCACAAUACCUUGUCCGGAGGAUACCUUCAUUGACAUCAUAUCUAGUAUGAGUAAAUCUAGAUAGACUUUGGACAACAUCGUAGGUUAGAUAGUUAGUCAGUAGAACAAUUUUGGAAAGCGAAUUAUUCUUGUACAGAGUUCUGUCUUUUUUCCUCUUGAUAUUGGAACAUACAUUUAUAUUCAUCAGCACUUUUAGUUCAUUACUUAUCGUGAACCCCUUG